AUGCGGGCUCAGGUGGCGUUCAUGCUCCUCCUCUGCUCCCCGUGUGGAGGACUCUGCUCAGACGUGGAGCAAGAGCAGCGAGCGCUGGAGGAGGAGCUCCUGGGCCGCUUCGCUGCUAAGAUGGCACAGAAUAGGCAGAGCGCCCCCUACUGGCGCGUGUCGCUCGUCAACCUGUGCAGGAUGGUGAACAGCCUGGGCCAGGAGGCGUGGAGCGGCGGCGAGGACGAAGAGGAGGAGGAGGAGGAGGAGGCGGGCCGUGAGCUGAGGGAGGGGAGGAGCCUCCAGCUGCAGGAGGAGCUGUUCAACCUGCACGUCAUCUGCAGAGCGCUGCAGAGCCGGGAGGGGAGGCUACUCCACGACGCCCCAGCGGAGGACGCCGUGCUGAAGAGGAAGUCCCCGUACAUCCUGAAGAGGCGAGCGGCGCUCGGCCUGAAGAGCCGGAGGCCGUACAUCCUGAAGAGGAGCGCCGCCUACUGA